GUCACCGCCUUUUUGCCGCGCCAAGCCCCCAACGUAGGAAAUAUUCCGAAGCUGUUUUUCAUAGAUGCAUGUCGUGGCUCUGAAACCUUCCAGCCUGUUGUUGUACCUAGAACGGGCGGAAAUGUGCAGGUAGAUCGUCGACAGCGAAGUGGCACAAGAGACCGCGGUGCAACCGACAGAACGGUGUUUGUCCCUCCUGAAGGCAACACGAUUAUUGCCUACUCCAAUAUUUCGCGAAACAAAGCCAUGGAGGGCAAGGAGGGUGGGGUGUGGAUGAAGGCACUGGCAAAAAUAAUGGCCACCAGUAAGGAGAGCAUUGAGAACGUACUAACAGAAGUUCGACGGGAUCUCCAGCACAUGUACCAAGACCCCAAUUGGCGAGGACACAUGCAGCUUCCCGAGACAAUCAGCCACUUGCUAAGGCCAGUCUACCUCCACCCUGAUGGUGCAGCACUACGUGGCGACCCUGUUCAGCAGCAACCGGCUAAGGUAUCCCCACCAGGUACUUUGACACAGAGGGAUGAGAGGCAUCCUGGGCACUACAAGGGGAGAUUACUGCACCUGCAACAAAAGAACAUCAUCACUGAUGUCACAGAGCGCUACGAAAAGAGCUUUGUGUGUGUCCUGUCGUUUGUCAAAUGCUCCGACAGACGCAGAUACGAAUUCAGGAGUGAGGAAUUCAGUGGAAAGCAAGAAGCAAAGGAAUCUGCUGCAAGACGUGCAGUACUUUUCCUA